ACUGUAUAGUACCUUUCAGCCACUGCGGAAGUUACCGAGAGCUUCGCCUACGCGAUCUUAGCCUUAAGGCAUCGACACCGUCAACGUCCUCGACAAUAAAAAUCCGACAAAAUGGGCCGUGUUCGUACCAAAACCACCAAGAGGGCUGCCCGUGUGCUCAUCGAAAAAUACUACCCCCGCCUGACCCUCGACUUCCACACCAACAAGCGCAUCAUUGAUGAAGUUGCUGUGGUCCCCUCCAAGCGCCUCCGGAACAAGGUUUCUGGCUUCACCACCCACUUGAUGAAGCGUAUCCAGCGCGGGCCUGUCCGCGGUAUCUCGUUCAAGCUCCAGGAAGAAGAGCGCGAGCGAAAGGAUAACUACGUGCCCGAGGUGUCUGCUCUUGAUACCAGCGCAACAGGCUUGGAGAUUGACAAGGACACAUCUGAACUUCUCAAGGCACUCAACUUCGACUCUAUCCCUGUAACUAUCGUACAGACUGUCAUCCAGCAACCAGAGCGUCCCCGGCGGGAAAGGCGCAACGUCCCUGGCGCUGGGCGGUAACUUGUAUAUCUCUAGGUAUCACACUUGACUCUUGUUAUGCCACGCCAUGUAUAUGCAUGCGAUUACAACUAUCCUGGGUCCUUUACCUUUCUCCUAUGCACAUUUUGACCAGGAUCAGGUUGUUAACCAUUUAACGUUUCUCAAGCCCUGGAGGCCUUCAGGAUCGUGUACCACAAAAGCUGCUAACCCGCCAUUUUCACCUGAAAGAUCAAGCUCUGACGAAUCGCAUUUCUUGUCAGCAUUGACAUGAAUCAACGUGCAGAGAUGUGUUUGUGUGGGGGAAAUCGCGCCUAAUCCCAAGGAAACCAGGCGAUUCCUCCCGAACCUAUGAAGUGU